GUAUUUAUAUAAUAGUUUUGAAAAUAAAGUAAUUUAUCAGGUCUUCUUCUUCUUCUUGUCUCGUUUUGAGAACUUACAGUGGCAAUGGAAAUGCCGCACCUUUUCAUAGUGGCAGCAGCCACUAUAGGUUUCAUCUCAGUUUGCAAAUCUCUGAUCAAUUUUCUGAGAUGCGUAUGGGUCAUGUUCUUUAGACCCUCCAAAAAUCUCAGAAAGUAUGGAUCUUGGGCCAUCAUCACUGGCGCCACCGACGGCAUUGGCAAAGCCCUCGCCUUUGAAAUGGCCUCAAAGGGCCUCAACCUCGUCUUGGUGGGUCGAAACCCUUCAAAGCUCGAAGCCACCUCACUUGGAAUCCAUGAAAGAUACGGCGACCGAGUUGAAGUCAAGAGCAUUGUUAUGGACUUGGGGAAGCUGAGUGGGGAGGAGAUAGCUGGACAAAUAGAGGAAGGAAUCAAAGGGCUUGAUGUUGGGGUUUUGGUUAACAAUGCAGGGGUGGCUUACCCUUAUGCUAAGUAUUUUCAUGAGGUUGAUUUGGAGAUCAUGGAGAGCAUUACAAAGGUGAACAUUGAAGCAGCUACUUGGGUGUGCAGGGGUGUGAUUCCAGGUAUGCUCAAGAAAAAGAGAGGAGCUAUUGUCAACAUUGGAUCUGCUUCGUCUGUGAUUGUUCCGUCAUAUCCUCUCUACACUGCUUAUGCUGCUUCCAAAGCGUACCUUGCAGUGUUCACAAGGUGCACUAGUUUGGAAUACAAGCAGCAUGGAAUAGACAUUCAGUGUCAGAUUCCUAUUUUCGUGGCGACAAAGAUGACAAAAUUGAAGGCAUCUUCUUUCUUCGUUGCGUCUCCAGAGAUGUAUAGCAAAGCAAGCAUACGAUGCAUUGGUUACGAACAUCUAUGUACACCAUUCUGGGGGCACUCAUUGCAGUGGUUCAUCACACGUGCUUUGCCGGAUGCUUUCUUGAAUGAGAGCAUUUUCCGGUACUUCCUUGGGAUGCGAAAGAGAGGUCAACUGAAGGAGUCUCGGAUUAAAAGGAUGCAGCAACAAGAAAAUGCUUUGGGAAAUGGCAGUUAACUUAGUUCUGAACCUUUUGUCCUGUUUCUCUUCAUCAUAUUUUCAAGGAAACUGGUUAUGUAGCUGAUGGCUCAGCUAAUAUGAGUUGGAAGUUUCAUUUGAGAUCGCGCUUCUACGGCAGAAACAGGAUCAAGGCUCUUCGUGAGGUGUAAGUGCUGCAACUUCUGUAAUACUGGCCAAGUAAAAGAAACAUGAGUUAUGCUACUACAUCACUAUAGGCUUGAAUCCUUCAACCUUUCUCAUAUAUUUAAUGUAUUAAAUUUAGGUCCAUAACACAAUAACCUCUACAAUGAGUUGGUUGAAUCUUGGAUCAGACCCUUCAGUCUCUUUUUAAGUCCUGGCAGAAUUUGGAAGUCUGCAUUGAACAUAUUA